GAGUAACAGCAAGAUAGCGGAAAACAAGUCGAGAAGAUGCUGGACAACUGGGCAUCUUUGACCUGAUCCAGAGAGUGAAUAAAUGCGUUUUUCAUUUAGGGUACUAUUUUGAACAUUUGUCCUACACUGUGCCAGGCUGAAGUUUUAAAAAAAAUGAUGGAGGAAACUGACAGAUUUCAAGUGCCACCGGUUAAUCCAGAGACGAAGCUGCUGGACCCUGCAGCAACGUCUAAUUUGGAGGCCGACUCAAGCACGAGGGAACCUGAGUCAGUCGCUAUCAACUACAAGCCCUCCCCGCUACAAGUAAAGAUAGAGAAACAGAGAGAGCUGGCAAGGAAGGGGUCGGUAAAGAACGGAACUGUGGGUAGCCCAGUCAAUCAGCAACCCAAGAAAAAUAACGUCAUGGCCAGAACAAGGUUGGUUGUCCCUAAUAAAGGCUAUUCAUCCUUAGACCAGAGUCCAGAUGAGAAGCCUCUUGUAGCACUUGACACAGACAGUGAUGAUGACUUUGAUAUGUCCAGAUAUUCAUCAUCUGGAUAUUCCUCAGCCGAGGUGAGAUGUCUGAGGGACCAGCAAAUAAACCAAGACUUAAACAUCCAGCUGCUAAAGGACGGCUACCGAUUGGACGAAAUCCCAGAUGAUGAAGAUCUGGACCUCAUCCCCCCCAAAUCCGUCAAUCCCACCUGCAUGUGCUGCCAAGCCACUUCCUCCACAGCCUGUGAAAUCCAGUAGCCCCUUCCUCCCCCUGAACCCCUCCCACCCCAUUUAACCCUGUGACUUGAGCUCACAGUUACUACACUCAGCAUAGAUUAACUACUAAAGAACUUAAAUAAACACAGUAGAAUGGGUGUUACAAUUAAUAUUACAUAGGAAGAAAAUAGUGAAUGAAAAUGCAAAAAGAAAAUGUUACUGUCUUUGGUUCCUCCUAUGGUAGGAUGUGAGUCUUUGUAUCAUCACCAAAGGGUGCUAGACUUAGGUGGGUAUAGAUGCGUUGAGGUAUACAUGAAUGCACAGCGUGGCUAAAGGAUGCAGCUGCUAAAAUAUAUUUUAAAAUGGAACAAAAAAAGUAUGACACUACUACAAGUUCCUCAAUUUGGAGUGAAAAUGCGUACUCUUAUAUUUACCUUUGUUUGGCUCACACUUUCUGUCGUUACUGCUGACAGAUGUUUUCAAUUUCAAAUAAAAGGGAGUGCAUAGUGACCAGGAGAACCUAAAUCAUUUAGAUUUCUCCAUAUUUUCAAACGUAUGUAUUAGCGUAUGUGCAGCUCUGUAGCAAACACUAAUAAAAGGGCAUACUCUUGAGAUAUCCAUACAUAUGACUGAUCUCCUUAGAUACACACAGAAUAUGUCAUUGUCUUGAAAGGGAAUGUCAUUGAAUAGUUGGAAUGUGCUUUACUAAUGAAGACUGUCUAUAUUGAUUGUUUACUUGUUUUUCUUUUUUUUUGUGUGUCAUGUUUUGAUCAGUGUUGCUUGUUGUUUGUGGGCUUAUGUAAUGAACACAAAGCCACAACGGUUAUACAGAACUAAGAGGAACGUAAAACAAUGAAGAUACAAUAAUUCAUUUUUGAAAGCUUUUUAUUUAGAAUUGUUGCAAUGUCUUCGAAGGGGGGCAAGAGGCUUGCUAACAUGACAGAAAAUCUGAUUUGUGCCAAAAUGCAUAAAAUGCAUUGUGUCUUUAUUUUGAAAGAUGGAUUGAGUAAGGAAAGCUUAUGGCCAGCAUUUUAAAAGAUGCCAGAAAUUAAUUUUAAACUCUGUUAAGUUCGCUCUUUAAUGUUCUCAUCUUUGCAGUUACUUUAAAGUGAGAUAUCAUUCAAUAGGAUAUUCAAUAUCAAUAGGAUACUCUACAUUUGUUCAUUUGCUGCUUUUCUAAUUCACUCUCAUUUGAUGGCUUUUUAAGAAACCCCUCGAAAACACUCCAUUCAAAUCACUAAAAUGUGUUUUAAAUGGAUAAUUCACCCAAAAAUGAAAAUUCUCUCAUCAUUUACUUACCCUCAUGUAAUCCCAGAUGUGUAUGACUUUCUUCUGCUGAACAUACACAAAGAUUUUUAGAGGAAUAUCUCAGCUCUGUAGGUCUAUAGAAUGCAAGUGAAUGGUGGCCAGAACAUUGAGGCUCCAAAAAAGAACAUAAAGGCAGCAUAAAAGUAAUCCAUACGACUCCAGUGGUUUAAUCCAUGUCUUCUGAAGCGAUAUGAUAGGUCUGGUUGAGAAACAAAUCAAUAUUUGUCUUUUUUUUUUUUUUUUAACCAUAAAUUCUCCUACCUGCCCAGUAGGUGGCGAUAUGCACGGAGAAUACAAAUAGCCAAAAACAAAAGAAGAAUGUGAAAGUGAUUGAUUGAUUGUAAAAAAAAAAAAAAAAAAAAAAAAAAAGGACUUAAAUAUUGAUCUG